UUUUUAUUAAUUGUAAAAAAGAAUAUUCCAAACGUCUUUAGUGAUGUGGUUUAGUAGCUAUCUACCGUCAAUAAAAAACUUUUAUUUCUUAUUUAUUGGAUCAAUAAUGACUAUUAAUAAAUAGUGAUCAUUACAGUAUUAUAAAUUGAACUUGUAAAUUAAAACCACAUUUAAUAAUGUAUUUUUCUCAGGUCCAUUAAUUCGUUUGUAAACUAAAGAGCAAUUAAAUGAAUAUGCAGUUUGCGUAUGUCAUUACAAUUUGAUUUACAUUUCCACGUAUAUAAGCAUUAUAAGUGGUAAAAGAACCUUUAUCCUUUGGGUCCUAAUUUAUAUUAUAAAUUCAAACAGUAAUCAAAUAGUAAUAAUAAUAAUAAUAAUAAUAUAUAAUACGUAUUAAUUCAUUUUUAAUAAUUGUAAUAAUUUAAAAUUAUUUAAUUAUUAAAUUUUGGAACAUUUAAAUUUAAAAAAAUAUAUAUUUUUAUAGUUUUUACAUAAUUUCAAUAAACUAAAGAUUAAAUUUAUAAAGUUCUUAAAAACAUAUAUUAAAUUAUCAACCCCUUUUUAGUAAAUUUUAUAUGAAUGAAAAUUUUGCAAAAUCAUAUAUGGUAAUUGCAAUCUCAUCGUAGUAAUUUGUCCCCACAUUAUUUAUAUUGUGAUAACGAUGUAUAUAUAAAUGAAGGCUACUUUCUCGAUUAUCAGUUACAUAAAUAUGUUGUCUACAUUACUAAUAUUUGGUACCUUGUUACUGACUGUUUAUAUUUAUUUUUCAAACAAACUUGAUCGGCGAUGGAGAUACUUAAGUAAUAUUCCCGGCCCUAAAGGUUAUCCAGUAAUUGGUAACCUCCUGGAUGUUGUUCUAAAAACAACAGAUGAAGUAUUCCAAUCUGACAGAAAGCAUGCUUUAGAGUUCUAUCCACUUUAUAAAGUACGAUUAUUAAACAUUGGUAUUGUGUUCAUGUCCGGUCCUGAAGAUAUUGAGUUGGUCGUAACAAACAUGAAACACAAUUCCAAAAGUGAAAUUUACGAUUUUCUCCACUCAUGGUUGGGAACUGGACUUCUAACCAGCACCGGUGAAAAAUGGCAAAAACGCAGGAAAAUCCUAACGCCUGCUUUUCACUUCAAUAUUCUCAAGGAUUUCUUAAAAAUAUUCAACCAUGAAACUAAACAAUUAGUAGAUGUUUUGUCAGAAAACUGCGAUAAACCUUACAUAGAUGUUAAAGUUCCAAUUACUGAUUUCACUUUGACUUCAAUCGCAGACACAGCUAUGGGUAUCACUCUCGGAAAAUCCGAUGAUGAACAACUUAAGUAUAGGCAGUCCGUUUAUAAAUUCGCUGACAUAACAAUUUAUAGAAGUAUGAGACCGUGGUUGUUCAACAAUUUCAUUUAUAACUUCAGCAAAACCAAAGGAGAAGAACGAGAAGCAGUGAAAAUUCUUCAUGCAUUCACAAACAAAGUUGUGGACACCCGAAAGAAGGAUCUUAAAAAUAAAGAUAAAAAGGAUGACUCAUAUUCUGUAAGAAAGAAGCUGGCUAUGUUAGAUCUACUGUUGACGUAUCAAUCUGAAGGCGCCGAUAUCAGCGACGAAGGAAUCAGAGAAGAGGUCGACACUUUUAUGUUCGAAGGUCACGACACAACAUCCCUAGCUCUUUGUUUCCUGUUGAUGAUACUUGCCAACGAAAAAGUUCAUCAAGAUCUGGUGUACGAAGAAAUAAUGGACGUAGUGGGGACUAAAACACCCGAUUUUGACGACUUACAAAAUUUAAAACACAUGGAACUGUGCAUCAAGGAAUGUUUGAGGUUGUAUCCCAGUGUACCUUUAAUUGGAAGAACUCUUGGUGAAGAUCUGACCACCCGUUCGGGAUACACGAUCGCGAAAGGCACAGAUGUCGCCUUAUCAAUUUAUGACAUGCAUCACAGUCCUAGACUCUAUGAUGAUCCAGAAAAAUUCGACCCUUACAGAUUUUUGUCGGAGAACUCCAAGAACAGACAUCCGUUUGCCUAUAUGCCAUUCAGUGCGGGACCGAGGAACUGUAUUGGACAGAAGUUCGCCAUGCUUGAGCUAAAGGCUGCCCUUUGUGGAAUUCUACAAUCGUUCAAGUUGGAACCAGUGGAUACUCCCAAGGACAUGAAGUUCUUCGUGGAGUUGGUAUUGAGGACCAGCAACCCCAUCAGAGUGAAAUUUGUUAAACGACAGUAAUUAUAUUUAAUUAUGACAUGAUGUUUCUCUAAGACUGUGUGUAAGAUAUAUAUUUGACAAUUGUAAAUAAAGUUAUCGUAUUUAUUAGA